AUGGGUUGUGUGUUCAAUUUUUUUUAUGCAUUAUUAACAUUGCUGUUGCUACUGCAUACAAGAUUCAGUUUGGCCACUGAUGGUGAAGCAUUGAAGAAGUGCAUCGACAAGGAGAGGAAAGCUCUUCUGUUGUUCAAACAAGGCAUCUAUGUUGACUAUGGCAUGCUAUCCACAUGGAGGGGAGAAGAUGAUGAAGAUUGUUGCCACUGGAAAGGAGUUCAUUGCAGCAACCAAACAGGUCACGUUCAAGUUCUUAACCUUCGUGGUUCCGAUCCAUCCUAUUUGAGAGGUACAAUUAAUAUUACUUUGUUAAGUAAGUUGCAUGAUCUGCAACAUUUGGAUCUCAGUUACAAUUCUUUCUACCCAAGUGACAUCCCUCAAUCUGUAGGGUCAUUCACCAACUUAAGGUAUCUCAACCUAUCUUAUUCUGAUUUUGUUGGGAGUAUUCCUAAUCAACUGGGAAAGCUUCCAAACUUACAAUAUAUUGAUAUGAGUAACAAUUACUUGGAUGGAGCUAUCCCUUGCCAAAUCGGAAAUCUUUCCAAGUUGCAGUCCCUUCAUCUUGGAGGAAAUAAUCUUGUUGGAGUGAUUCCUUAUCAAAUUGGGAAUCUCUCCAUAUUGCACACCUUGCGAGUUGGUGGUUAUUUGUCUAACCUCACAAUAGCCGACAAAAACAAUGGUGAUGCAGAGUGGAUAUCAAAGCUCUCUUUAUUAACAAAUCUUGAGUUGAGUUAUGUGAGUGAUGUUGGCAAUUCUCAGGUGUGGCAGCACAUGAUUGGUAAACUUAUGCCGAAACUAAUAGAAUUGAGGUUGAGAGAUUGUGGCAUUUCUCAUGUGCACAACCUUCUUCUGUUUGCUUCUCCUUCCAACUAUUCUUAUUCUCUUGUCACCCUUGAUCUCUCUGAUAAUAACUUGAACUCAUCAUUAUUUCAAUGGUCCUUCAACUUUAGCUCCAACCUUCAACAGCUUUAUCUGAGUAAUUGCAGUCUUUCAUCUCAUAAUCUUUACUUUCUAUCUUCUCAUUUUCAUUUUCCUUCCCUCAUUGUUCUUGAUCUCUCUUAUAAUAACUUGAUGUCAGUAACGGCAUUGAGCUUUGGCUUCAACCUUCAAGAGCUUUAUUUGAGCAAUUGUAGCCUUACAUCAAAUAAUCUUAUCUUCACAUCCUUCAAUCCCAACCUUUCCUCUCUUAUCCAUCUUGAUCUCUCUGACAAUCUGUUGACAUCAUCAACCAUAUUCUAUUGGAUUUCCAACUUCACCUUCAAUCCUCAUGAACUGGACCUCAGGGGAAACUCACUUGGCCGUUCCAUUCCCGAUGGUUUUGGAAACGUAAUAAAGUCUCUUGAAGUUCUUGAUCUCUCAUCUAAUAAUCUCCAAGGUGAAGUGCCAACACCACUAGGGAAUAUAUGCACAUUGAAGAGCCUAAGCCUUGCCUACAAUAACUUUAGUGGGGACCUUCCGAGAUUCAUUUCUAAUAUAUCAUGGUGCAAUAGACAUUCAUUACAGAGUUUGGAUUUAUCAACAAAUCGAUUGACAGGCAUCUUACCUAAUCUUUCAAGUUUUUCCUUGUUACAAGAUUUGGAUCUCACUAAUAACCAACUAGAAGGAAAAAUACCCGAAAGCAUCGGAUUGAUGUCUCAAUUGGAAAGUUUGCGGUUGGGUGCGAAUAAUUUUAGUGGUGUAAUCACGGAAUCUCAUUUCAAAAAUCUUUCUAAUUUGUCACACUUAUCAUUGUCUGGCAAUCCAUUGACCUUGAACAUUAGCGCCAGUUGGAUUCCCCCUUUUCAGUUACAAUUUAUGUUUAUGGCUUCUUGCAUGAUAGGUCCUAAUGUUCCACUCUGGCUUCGUAAUCAACAUCAAUUAUUCUAUUUGGAUAUCUCUUAUGGCAAGCUUUUUGGUUCUAUCCCAGAAUGGUUUUGGCCACUAUUGAAAAAUAUAGCAUACAUGAAUAUCUCAUUCAACAACUUUUCUGGUAAAAUCCCAAAUUUACCAUUCAAGUUUGAUUAUCGGCCAGAAAUUAUUUUGAAUUCGAACAACUUUGAAGGUGGACUUCCACCAUUUCUUUGGCAAGCAUCAGAACUUCAUCUUUCUAAAAAUAAAUUCUCAAAUUUGAUCCCACUUCUAUGUGGCCAAACUGAAUAUGGAGGCAUUGUCGUUUUAGACCUAUCAAACAAUCAAUUAACAGGGCAUCUACCUGAGUGUUGGAACCAACUGGACACAUUAAAAUUUGUUGACAUGAGUACUAAUAAUUUGUCAGGAGAGAUCCCAUCCUCUAUAGGACGCCUUGUGAAUGUGGAGGCUAUGGUUUUAAGUAACAAUAGCUUGAUUGGAGAACUUCCUUUGUCUUUGGCCAAUUGCUCCAAGUUAGUAUUAUUGGAUGUGUCAGAAAAUAAGUUGUCAGGGCCAAUACCUUCAUGGAUUGGGAUAAGCCUUGAACAAUUGCAAAUUCUAAGUUUACGGAUGAAUCAUUUAAAUGGAAGUCUACCCGUACAUCUUUGCCACUUAACACAAAUUCGACUCUUAGAUAUCUCUCGCAAUAACUUGUCCAAUGAAGUUCCAUCAUGCCUUGAAAAUUUUACUGUUAUGGCACAAGAGCAUAUCAACUCAAGUGGAAGUUAUCAUUAUUAUAUGACCAAUAAAGCAGGGUUUUAUCAAUACCUUGGUGGUUUGGAAUUCUAUAUAACAUUGAUGUGGAAAGGUGAGGAUUACAAGUAUAUGAGGCCGGAGCUCUUUCUUAAAAGCAUUGAUCUCUCUAGCAAUGCUCUAUCAGGAGAAGUACCAAGAGAACUUAUGUCUUUGUUAGGAUUGGUUUCCCUAAACUUAUCAAGAAACCAGCUAAGUGGAGAGAUACCUAUAAAUAUUGGGAAUCUAGAAUCACUAGAAUUUCUCGAUCUGUCAAACAAUAAAUUAUCAGGCCCAAUUCCUCCAAGCCUUGCUAAUAUUGAUCGACUCAGUAUGUUAGAUUUGUCAAACAAUCGUCUCUAUGGAAAAAUCCCAAUAGGAACACAGUUGCAGAGCUUUAAUGCCUCAUCUUAUGGAGGAAACCUUGAUCUCUGUGGAUUGCCACUCAACAAGAUGUGCCCAGAAGAUAACACGCCUCCACCUCAAGAAGCCAAUCACGAUGAAGAAGAAGGGGCCUCAUUGAUCUCUCAAGAAUUUUACUUGAGCAUGGGAUUGGGAUUCGUUGUUGGAUUUUGGGCCGUUGUAGGACCGUUGCUUUUCAACCGAACUUGGAGACAAGCCUACUGUAGGUUUAUGAACACAGUAACAGACAAAGUCCAUGUCAUGGUUGCAAUUUAUGUGGUUAAAUGCCUUACCAUCAGAGACUAG